AGAUCGUAAAAAUCAAAACAAUGGCAUCGGAAGGAAAAAACAGUCAGUGUUAUAGCGAUUCAGAUGUUGUGAUUGUUGCAGCAGUCAGAACACCUGUAGGAUCACAUAAUGGCGAUCUUAGCUCGCUCAAAGCUCAUGAACUUGGAACUGUUGUUAUAAAAGAAGUUUUGGCAAGGUCUGGAGUGCCACCGUCUGACGUGGCUGAAGUGAUCCUUGGGCAAGUUUGUACUGCUGGUCAAGGUCAGAAUCCUGCCAGACAAGCAGCAAUGCAUGCAGGGAUACCAGCCCCUGUACCUGCAUAUGGUGUCAAUAUGCUGUGCGGGUCAGGCUUGAAGGCUGUUGCCCUUGGUUACCAAGCUAUAUCUACAGGAGAUUCAUCAGUUGUUAUAGCUGGCGGACAAGAAAGCAUGAGUCAGGCUCCACACUGCUGCCAUAUGAGAACACCUGUAAAGUUUGGUGAUGUUACUAUGKUUGAUACAAUGAUGAAAGAUGGAUUGAUGGAUGCAUUCAAUAACUAUCACAUGGGAAUCACAGCUGAAAAUGUUGCAAAACAAUGGGGAAUUUCCAGACAACAGCAAGAUGAGUUUGCUCUUUCAUCACAAAAAAAGACAGAAACAGCACAAAAGGCUGGAUAUUUCAAGGAUGAAAUUGUCAAAGUUGAAGUCAAAUCAAGACGAGCCACCACAGAAGUAACAACUGAUCAAUUCCCAAGACAUGGUACAACGAUAGAAGCAUUAUCAAAGCUUAAGCCCUGCUUCCUACAGGAUGGCACAGGCUCAGUCACAGCUGGAAAUGCUUCUGGUAUCAAUGACGGUGCUGCUGCUGUUGUUCURAUGUCAUUUGCUGAAGCUCAGAGWAGGGGAUUGUGUCCCUUAGCACGYAUUGUUYCAUGGGCCCAAGCUGGGGUAGACCCCUCAGUAAUGGGCACUGGACCCAUUCCUGCUACAAUUGAAUAAGGCAGGAUGGUCAUCUGAAGACGUAGAUUUAUUUGAAUUGAAUGAAGCCUUUGCUUCACAAUCGUGUGCUGUUGUAAAAGACUUAAAACUAGACGUCACCAAGGUUAACAUCACAGGCGGUGCUAUUGCUUUGGGUCAUCCCAUUGGUGCUUCAGGCUGCAGGAUACUCGUAACAUUACUACAUAAUCUUAAACGAACUGGGAAAAGACGGGGCGUGGCUGCGUUGUGUGUUGGUGGUGGAAUGGGUGUGGCAAUGUGCGUAGAAAGACUGGAAAUUAGUUGAUUUUGUCUUUUGGCCACAGGCACCACAACAAUUUCUAGCAAGUUUUUCAGAAGCAAAAUCAAUGGAAAAAAAUUGUCAAAAAACGCUGGGUUAUCAACGUCGAGUUAUUAGUAGGCCGUUUAUAAUUACUAUGGUGACUGACUUGCAAUUUAUACCUAAAGCGACAUGUCAGCAGUUGGGAAUCUUUCUAUUUAUUAAGUUUUUAUUUACUGCAACAAUUCUGGUGGAAAUUCUAAAAUAAAACUCCCGAAAUUGAGUAAUACUAGC